UGGGAAGACCAAAGGCAUGCAUGGUUUCACAAUAAUAAUAAUAGGAAUAAUAAUGUGAAUGUGCUAUUCCAAAUUGUACUCUUUUCUUGAAAUACUUGAAUAUCUUUUAGUUGGUCUGUUUGUUUCAAUUGGGUUUGUGUGUAUGAUGUAAACUGAUACAUAUACAUAGUAUUUGUCGAUGAAUGGCACCUCUUUCGUUCUCUCUCUUCAGAUGCAGUCAUAUGAAAACUCUUCUCACGCCGCCACACUUCACCUUCAAUACUUGCCACACUUUUCACUUCCUCUCCUUUCUCCCAAUUCCACAAAAUCUCCAUAUUUUGUUUUGAUUUUGGUUCGAUGUUGAAAUCAAGGGAAGUCACCUUCUUGAAAUUGAUACUAUGAUCUCCUUUAUGACCUAUUUUUACUGUGAUCACUAAUGCUGACUGCCUAUGAAUCUAGCUCACCAUAGUGAAGAGUAAUCUUGAUGCUGCCUAUUGUUCAGAAAAUGGAGAAUGGGGAACUGGAAAAUGAUGAGUUUGAGAAACUUCUUGGUGAGAUUCCAAAUGUUACUUCUGCGAAUUCAUAUUCCGAGGAAUCUAGUGCUGUCAGUUGUCCAAAAGAUUUUAAUUUGUCAUCCUCAACUGGGUCUUUGGCACGGGACGGGUCAAAGCUGAUUGGUGUUAAUGAGAGAUAUAUGAACAAUGAGACCUUAGGCGAGUUAAAAGAAUUUAGUAACCGAGAGCAGCUACCAAACAAGAGGUUUGAUUCAGAAGAUAUACACUUACCAAAUGAACAGGCUAUAACGUCUGCAUUUGCUGAGUUGCGUGUAAAAGAAGGUGCCUUGUUAGAAUCUGCAGCUCCUAUGGUCAAUUCUACGCCAUUGCUGAACCAUUUAGCUGUUGUGAAUGGACAAUGCAAAAAUAGCUUAGGUAAAAUUCCUUCGAAUUUGGAUUCACAAGUGUUUGUUGUUCCCUCUCCAAGAACACCAAAUAAUCUACCCAGUGAUUUUAAUGGGUUUAGCCCAAGUAUUGGUGGACACCAAAGUGGAUAUGUACAUACAAUGGAAAACAUAUCCGCAGCUGUACCAUUACCUCCUGGAGUGCAAGGUGUUCACCUACUUCCACCAAUACAUCGGGUAGAUAUUCCAGUAAUUUCCAAUCAACAACAUUAUUUCUUGGAUGUUACAUCACCUGCUCCUUACUUCCACUCACAACUUAAUCAACACCAUGGAGCAUGCAGACACAUUGAAGAGGAACACCAUUAUUUCUUAUAUAUGCAGCAACUUCACGCUCAGCAAUUAGACAAUCAGUGUCCAAUUCAACCUGAUGGGUCAAUCACAAGUAGAUCAAUCAAUUGUAGCUCCCGACAACCACUCACUGAGAUGCCGAUUCCUCACUUCAACCAGCAAGUUUCAAGAAGUAUAAACCCGUUAAAUUCCCUGUUUUACUCAAUGGGUUCUGAUGCGCUGCAAGGUUUAGACAAAACAGAGAAACAGUACUUUCCUGAAAGAAUUUUAAGAAGAUCACAUGGAGCAGAGCCAGUCAAGUCUUCUAAGUUCGGUUCUUUUGGAGGAACCAACUAUCUUUCAAAUAUGAGUCAAAAUAGAAGAGUUUUUCCCAGUGCUUAUUCGAAACGUAGUUUCCACUCUCCAAGUGGAGAAUCUCACUGGGGUUGUCUAGAAUCAAGAAGCUUUUCUCCUGAUGCUGUUGAUCUCAAGUUUCCUCGGUGGUCACAGUCUCAGGAGUGUAAUUUAAUUGAUAAUUUUGCUGGAAGAAUCUAUCUCAUGGCAAAGGAUCAAAAUGGAUGUCGAUUCUUGCAGAAGAAAUUUGCUGAAGGAUCUUCAGAAGAUGUUGAAAAGAUUUUUCCCGAGAUUAUUGUGCACAUAGUGGAGCUCAUGAUUGACCCCUUCGGCAAUUACCUUGUUCAAAAACUUUUUGAGGUGUGCAAUGAGGGUCAGAGAAUGCAGAUACUUCGUGCAAUCACUAGAAUAUCUGGGGAUCUUGUAAGAAUUUCAUGUGACAUGCACGGGACCCGAGCUGUGCAAAAAGUUAUUGAAACACUAAAAACACCUGAGCAGUUUUCCAUGAUUGUCUCCUCACUGAAACCCGGUUUAGUGAAUUUAAUCAAGGACAUGAAUGGUAACCAUGUUGCUCAGCGGUGCUUGCAAUACUUAACACCUGAGUAUAGAGAAUUCCUGUUUGAAGCUGCUAUUACAAAUUGUGUGGAACUUGCUACAGAUCGUCAUGGUUGUUGUGUGCUACAGAAAUGUCUCAGCCAAUCUGAUGGUGGACAAAGACACCGAUUAAUCUAUGAGAUCACUUGUAAUGCAUUGGUUCUUUCCCAAGAUCCGUUUGGGAAUUAUGUUGUGCAAUAUAUUUUUGACAUUCGUCUUCCCUGGGCAACACGAAAUAUCUUUGACCAGCUGUGGGGUAAAUUUGGGGACCUUUCUAUGCAAAAAUACAGUAGUAAUGUGGUUGAGAAAUGCCUAAAGCAUGCGGAUGAAGAACGUUCUUCAUAUAUCAUUGAGGAGCUAUUAAGUGAUCCUCGCCUAGACCAGAUCAUGCAAGAUCCAUAUGGCAAUUAUGUUAUCCAAGCUGCUCUAAAUAUCUCAAAGGGAGCUCUGCGUGCUGCACUUGUGGAGGCUGUGAGAGCCCAUGUUCCUGUUCUACGGACCAGUCCUUACGGGAAGAAGGUCCUCUCAUGCAAUAGUCUUAAAAAAUAAGUUGCAGAAAGACCGUGUAAUUUAUGUGGAGUAAUAAGCAGACGAAGAGAUGCCUUUUAAGUUUCCAAAGGUAGGGCAGCCAAGUUUUGAAGCUAGGGAGGAGGUGGUAUUUUCAUGUAGAUCAAUGCUUUUGAGUACAUGUUACCAUCUGUUUAGAAAAUUUCUUCCAUAUUUUCUCUAAAUAACUUUGUAUAUUUCUGGUAUUGCCUUUCCUUCCACUCCACCUUCCUUGUACUACUGUGAAAUGACUGGGGAAUUAGCAGAACAUGUUUCUGUAGAAAUAAUCAAUUUUGAAGGUGUAUAUUUAUGCCUGGAUGGUUGCAGGAUGAAUUCAUUUGUAGUCAUCAA